AUGCGCGCGCUCGCGCAGCUCGAGGCGUGGCGCGAAGCCUUUCUCGCCCUCACGCUCGGGCAGGUCUGGACGGCGAUUUACAACCCGCCGGACAAGCCGUGGAAGCAGGCCCUGGUCGUUAUCGCGCUCGUGUCCAAGCUGCCGGCGCUGUACGCUUGGUGGCACGCGCGCCGCGUGUCGAAGCGCGUUGUGGAUUUCGAGUGGCCCGCGCCAGAGCAAGCCAACCCCGAGUGGAAGGGCAAAGUCAUCACCAACCCCGACCUCUUCGCGCACGAGCGCGACCUCAGCCUCUUACCUCGCGGCGCAGUCAACCCUGGCGAGUAUGUGACGUGCUACGACCCGUCUACAGGCACCCACAUCGAGACGCUCAAGCUCGACUCUGGCGCGGCAGUGGCUAGCAAGGUCGCAGCCGCCGACGCCGCACAGCGCGCGUGGGCGAAGACGACUUUCGCCCAGCGCAAGAGCUUGCUCCGCAGCCUGAAGGCGUGGAUCCUGCGCGACAUGGACGCGAUUGUCGAUGUGGCCGUUCGCGAUACCGGCAAGACGCGUGUCGACGCCGUCUUCGGCGAGAUCCUCACGACAUUUGCCAAGAUUGACUGGCUGCUCAAGCACGGCGAGAAGGCUCUGCAGCCCGAGACCCGGUCGGGCAGCCUGCUCCUCGCGCACAAGAUUUCCAAGGUCCACUACGUCCCCCUCGGCACGGUCUCGGCCCUCGUGUCGUGGAACUAUUCGUUCCACAACGCGCUGUCGCCGAUCCUCGCCGCGCUCUUCUCGGGCAAUACCAUCGUCGUCAAAUGCUCUGAACAGGUCGCGUGGUCCUCCGAGUGGUUCAUCGGCGGCGUGAAGCAGUGCCUCCGUGCGAGCGGGUUCAACGAUGACGUCGUCCAGCUCGUCGUCUGCCUCCCCGACGUCGCAGAGACGCUGACCCGCAACCCCACGAUCCGCCACAUCACCUUUAUCGGCAGCGAGCCCGUGGGCAAGAAGGUCGCGCUCGCAGCCGCUGAGAACCUCCUCCCGACGUGCAUCGAGCUCGGCGGCAAGGACCCGGCGUUCAUCCUCCCCUCGGCCAACUUCAAGUUCUUCGCGAGCACCUGGAUGCGCGGGGCCUUCCAGUCGGCCGGCCAGAACUGUAUCGGCAUUGAGCUUUUCCUCGUCCCCCGUACCCGCCAGGAGGAGUUCAUCAACCUUCUCCUCCCGCGCGUCAAGGCGCUCCGCGUCGGCACCGACGUUGGGGCACUCAUCUCCCACACGCCAAUCAAGCGCCUCGAACGCAUCGUCCAGGCGGCACAGGUGCAGGGAGCCCGCCUUCUCGCCGGAGGAAGCCAGUACCACCACCCCGAGCGGCCGCAGGGCGCGUACUUUGAGCCGACGCUCAUCGCCGACGUGACCCCCGACAUGGAGAUCGCGACCGAGGAGCUCUUCGCGCCGGUGAUGACCGUCGUGCCAUACGACGAUAUCGACACGGCGCUCGAGCAGCUGCGCAACUCGCGCUUCGGCCUCGGCGGAAGCGUGUACGGCAAGGCCAAGGGCGAGUGCAUGCGCGUCGCCGACGCGCUGCAGUGCGGCAUGGUUUCGUUGAACGACUUUGGCGUCUUCUACCUCAACCAAGACAUGCCCUUUGGCGGCGUCAAGGCGUCAGGCCACGGCCGUUUUGCCGGCCCAGAGGGUGUGCGCGGGCUGUGCGCGCCCAAGGCCGUCAUUGAGGACCGCUGGUUCCGCGUCAUCCAGACGAGCAUUCCCAGGCCUGUUGACUUCCCCCUACCUGCUGGUAACACGCCGUGGACGUUCCUCAAGGGCCUCGUGCGCUUCGCGUACGGCUCGGGCAGCGCGCGCCUCGGCGGCCUGUUCGACGUGGUCCGUACCGCGGCGACAGCUUAAUGCCUCGGCGACAGCUUAAUGCGGUCGGCAGGAAACGCCCUUCACCCUCCCGCAGAUUCAUCCGAGAGCACAGUCGAGACAUAACAUUCAUCGAGUAAUUGCAUGGACGGUGGUUUCUACAUACA